GGAAUUAAUUAAAAUUAAUUUCUUGUAGGUGUAGAAUGCCGGAUGGAUGAUAUCAAAUCGUGAUUGGAGAUUUAUGGUGUGGAUCAUAUAUGCCCCAACCAUGGAAAAUGUAAAGAAAGAUGGAGCCCGAGAUCAGAAGCAUGAUGAACUUGCUGAAUCACUAAAUGAUCUCUUCAGUAGUGUCGCCACCAUGAUCAAAUCGGAGCUUCAGGGGACUAAUAAUCAUCUAGAGCUGGUGGAGAAAAUGAAUGCAAAGGUUGCCGACGAGUAUAAAGGGUUUGGUGAUUUGGCUUCAGGGUUAAGGGUGUUUGUGGAGCAAUUGAAAUGCAAAAGUGGUAGCUUUAACGAGUAUGUUGAGCAGAUUGAUGCCAUAGAAAAUCAAGUGACUGAAUUUGAAGCCGUGGUCUCUAUGCUCGAUAAAUAUGUGGCUCUGUUGGAAUCAAAAGUCCAAUCUCAUUACCAAACCAAAAGUCCAUCGUCCUAAAUAUGGGUUUUAAAAUAAAGGAAUGCGACUGCGAUCUUAACUGCAACAAAUGGGCUUUUGUUCUAGCUAAAACCAGAACUUGAUCUCAAUUGAGGCUGCAAUUGACCAGGUUUUUUGAAAUAUCAAGAAUUGUGAUGCAACUGCAACUAUUAUUGCAAUCACUAAUAAAACCCUAAUAGAAUAUUUAAUACGAAUUGAUAUUUCCUACUAGAAAAUUAAUUCUGCAUUGUCAUUUAAAUCUGAAAAGUUCAAUUAUCCUCUUGCAUAUCUUCUGAAGUAACCAUGCAUUUCUGUGAACUCUAUUCACAUGGCAUAACAUGAUUGGUGGUCAAGAAAUUACAAUAUAGAUUAUCAUUCGAUUUGGUCCAUUUCCUGUCAUAUUAUUUUCUUUUACCCCCAAUCUUGCCCCUUAAUCAAUGUUUAAAAUAAAAAUGAAUCGGGUUAUAGGUUGGUUGAUUUUGAUUUAUGUUGUAUUGUAGUAUAGAGGUGAAUCAAUUAGACAUGGAGCAAUUACCUGAAAUAUGGAGCAAUUACACAAUCUUUAUUUACAGAGUAUGAGCAAUUACCUGAUUUAUGUUCUUUUGUCACUAUCACCUUCACGACAUUAUUACAUGGAUAGUGCACCACUAAUAUCAAUUAUUGCUUUGCAUCAAUUAUUGAAUGGAAUCUUUAUAUUGCUUGCCA